GCCCCGCGAUACCCCACCAAAACAAUUUAUUCAUCAAACAUGGCUCCCAUUGCCAUCCACACCAACCCCAAGGACUCGCUCAAUGCUGAGGCCGAGUCCUUCAAGCCUGUUGGAAACAAGCAGGUCGACCCUUACCACUCUGCCACAUCUGCCACCGCUAUCGCUGCGGAAUCAGCAUAUGCCGCCCACAACUACCACCCAUUGCCGGUAGUCUUCUCGAGAGCCCAGGGUGUUGAUGUUUGGGACCCGGAAGGAAACCACUACCUCGAUUUCCUCUCAGCAUACAGCGCCGUCAACCAAGGUCACUGCCACCCCGAGCUCGUAAAGGCCCUGGUCGCCCAAGCCUCAAGACUCACCCUCAGCUCUCGCGCAUUCUACAACGAUGUCUUCCCCCGUUUCGCCGAGAAGGUCACAUCAAUGUUGGGCUUUGAGAUGGUUCUGCCUAUGAACACUGGUGCUGAGGCUGUUGAGACCGCUGUCAAGAUUGCACGCAAAUGGGGAUACAAGGUCAAGGGCAUUCCUGAGAACAAGGCUUGGGUCUUCUCUGCACAGGAGAACUUCCACGGCAGAACAUUUGCCGCCAUCACCAUGUCCACCGACCCUGAAUCCAGAGACAACUACGGCCCUUACCUGCCCAACAUUGGCUCAUCCAACCCCACCAACGAUGAGCCCAUUCGCUACAACAACGUCUCUGACCUUGAGAAGGUACUCGAGGAGCAUGGCAAGAACACAGCUGCCUUCUUGGUCGAGCCCAUCCAGGGUGAGGCAGGUAUCGUUGUGCCCGACGAGGACUACCUUAGAAAGGUGCGCGAGCUGUGUGACAAGCACAACGUCCUCAUGAUCUGUGACGAGAUCCAGACCGGCAUUGCCCGUACUGGUAAGAUGCUCUGCCACGAGUGGAGUGGUAUCAAGCCCGACCUUGUCCUUCUCGGCAAGGCCAUCAGUGGUGGUAUGUACCCCGUCUCUGCUGUUCUCGGCAAGAAGGAGGUCAUGCUCACUGUCGAGCCUGGCACUCACGGCUCGACUUACGGUGGUAACCCUCUUGGUUCUGCUAUUGCCAUCAGAGCUCUUGAGAUUAUCGAGGAGGAGAACAUGGUUGAGCAGGCUCAGAUCUUUGGUGAACUCUUCAGACAAGGUCUUCGUGAUAUCCAGGCCAAGAACUCGAUGAUCUCCCUCAUCCGUGGCAAGGGUCUGCUUAACGCCAUCGUCAUUGACGAGAGCAAGACCAACGGCCACAGUGCCUGGGAUCUCUGCAUGUUGAUGAAGGAGAAGGGUCUCUUGGCCAAACCCACUCACCAGAACAUCAUCCGUCUGGCACCACCUCUCGUGAUUUCCAAGGAGCAAAUUGAGACCUCUUUGAGAAUUAUUGGUGAGGCAGUUGAUGAAUUGCCAAACUUGAAGGGCAAGAAGGAGGAGCACGUCCUGCCUCCAGGUGAAAAGAACGUUCACAUCGGCGUUGACAACUGAACCCGGCCGGGAUGAUUCGAUGACAGAGGAGUACGUCGCGGCUGCACGUAAACCUGUACGUCGGCCUGCACCUACACCUAUUAACGUUUCCGCCAUGAUGCCAUGAUGCCAACCCCCAGCAUAUUUUAUCGAUUUUGUAGCGUUCGAGUCAGGACUCUGCAUGGAUACCCCGUUGAGAGAAAGCUGCAGUCCGCAUGGGAUGGUUGGGUGUUUACCACCAUUUUCGUACAUUUCGUUCGAGAAGCUCCAGCGAAAAACCAUAGAAGUCACAGAGAUAUGGAUCUACGUAACCUACCAAAAUGCGACCGAAAGAACUUGAAGAACCAGAA